UCUCGAAAACGCACCGAUCUCCACAGCGGGGAAACACCACAGCAGUAAGGGCCUCAAGGUAGCCAGCAAAAGAAGCAAAGACCAUUGCUUAUGAGGUUGUAGCCAUUUCCAUUGUCAUUGCCACCGCAAUUUCAUCGCUGCUAUGACAGUCUUCAUCUGAUCCAGUCCAUCGUCCAAUUAUUUCCCCGAUCGCCCACCAUCGCCUCUUCAGCGCAUGCGGAAAAGCUCCCCGCACGUGCUCCAGCCCGGGCCGACUCUACGCCGAGCCAAUGCUCCGUUUGUUUACUCCUUCGUAGAUAGACGGUGAAUUGAGCACCAUCUCCUCGCAUAUUGCUGGACUGAUAUUGACCGGGCUGGACUGACCGGUUUUGUCUGUUUUUAGCAGCACUAUAUGUGCGAUAAUUAAUUUCCUCCAGAUAACUGAUACAAGUCUUCAACGCCAUCAUGGUCACCCCAAACGCACCAUUCAGGCCGUCUCCUCUAUCCUUUGGCUCCCCGAGAGCCUCUCCUUUCCGUCGUCCAUCUACACCAAACUCCCCGCCAACACAAGGGCGCCCAGGUACCCCGGGAAGUUCCCCAGGCCGGGGAUACACUCCGCUCCAAUCCCCGAGCAAGCUGAACCAGUCAUAUACCGUCGAAGACGAACAAGCGUCUCCAAAAUCGGCCAGGAGCAAUGAACCCAUUCCUCAGCCCAAGUUCACUAGAGAGUUCCCUCCGUCGCCGACCAAAGGAGCAAAUUCGCCUAGCAAUGGAUCGCCCAUAAUGAGGAAGCAAUCACACGACAUGAUGAAUGUCACCAAGGAUGGGGCUGUCAAUUUAUCACCGGCACAGCUGAGGGAAAUACGGGAGGCUUUUCAGGUCCUUGAUCGGGAUAAUGAUGGGUUGGUGAACAAGGACGAUGUGGCUGAUGUGCUGGUGAACGUGGGCCAAGACUCGUCGCUAUCUACCCUGUCGCAAUUCUUCUCAUCGGGAGCAGGCCAAACGAUCAACUUUCCUACAUUCUUGAAUCUUCUCUCUAGCCUGUUAGCACCUCUCUCACCCCGUCAGGAGCUUCUCAACGCCCUGGCUGCUUUUGACGACGACGACAGUGGUCAGAUUGAUGUAGCGGAAUUGCGGGAUGCUUUGCUGCACACGUCGCCGGAAGACGGAGAGAGCCCGCUUACAGAAAGGGAGAUUGAUGAGGUUUUGAAUGGAUUUACCGGACGCAGAGUAUUUGGAGGUAAAGGCACAAGGGUUGGUGGCACAGGCAAACGAGGAGAAGUGUUCCGAUACCAGGAAUUUGUCAACGGGGCCAUGGGAGGUAUGGAGAAUGGACGACGGGAGAAUGAAUCUGCUAGAUGAUGAAACGGGAUGAAUUUGGGUAUGGCGUUUGGGUAGGUCAGGAUGUUCUAUACACAGGCGCUGGAAGCUACGUUUAUCGAUCAUUAGAUUUAGUUUGACGACUUUUGGUUUGGAUAAAUUGAUGCUAUGACCAUGGCAAGCUGUCCACCACGAGCCACGACAAAUAUUCCCCAACCACGUGGGCAUUUUCACCAGAUGAUACCUGAUUAGAUAUUGAACCAGUAAUAUUGUUCGCAGUCGUAGUAGAAAUCUAUUAACAGAAC